AUGGAUGAUUCGGCUCGGAACGUUGUUGCGUAUAUCCGAAGAGAUGGUCAAGAAUAUAGAAAUAUUUAUAAUCUUGCAAUCCUUCUUCGAGAUUACUGUCAAAUAUGGGUGCCCAGUGUGGGAACAAUUCAACCAGAAACCAAGUAUCGGCUUUACUAUCUACCUCCGAAUAAUGAAAAACCUACCGACUUUGUUGGAGAUCUGAAAAACUAUACCUACCUCAAACAGUGGUUGUCAGACAAGUGCAUACCAAUAGUGAGAGAAGUUACUUUUGAGAACGUGGAAGGUUUGACGGAGGAAGGACUGCCAUUCCUUAUUUACUUUCGUGAUCCAUCUAAGAAAGACGGCGACAAGAUUUUUACCGACGCUGUGAUUCGUGAGCUGUACGACCAGCGCAUGACAAUCAACCCACUUUUGGCUGAUGGUCUGAAGUUUGUUCAUCCUCUCAGUCAUCUCGGCAAAACUAUAAAGGUAUUUUGGCAAACCUCGGAGUUCGAAAAAGUGCGUGGCUCCAGCUUAGCCCCGGAAUAAUU